GAACUGAAGCAUGAGCCACAUGUUGCUCAAAUCUUUGAUAAAGUUUGGAUUUUUGAGAGGUUUAUUCGAGAAAUACACCUGGAAGAUAAAACUGCCAUCCGGUCAUCAUCCGGUGAAAAUCUGAAGGAGAUUAAAAUAUAUUUUUGUUAUAUGAGGGAAUCGGCCAGUUUUGUUGUCUGAGAAAUCAGAUUCUGGAUCUCUUUACUGUGGACUGCAUUAAUCUGGAACUUCGAAUAUGCAUCGUGUAAGAUGGCGAGCCACCAUGAGACACCUACUUUUCUUCUGUUGAUAUCUGCGUUGCAAUUUCUACAAAUUGUUUCACUGGAUUAUUGAAGGUUUGAUUAUUGAAGCACUGGAAUAUUCAUUCUAAGGAACUGAGGAAAGAGAAAUUAUUAAUCUCAUUUGAACUGAUAUACUUGAACUUGGUUGAACUAUAUAUUCUAAGGAGAUUUUUUGCAUUUGAGUCUAUAUUGUUUAUUAUACGAAUUGUUACUCUACUUUUAGAGUUGGUUUACUUUCUUUUACAUUCCUUUUAUUUUAAUUUUGUUUAUAUUGUGAUAUUGUCAUACUAAAGUUUUCUUUUCUUUGGUAACAAUUAUAACACAACAUACAUAAACAUUUACAUUCAAACUAUAUAUAUACGUGUGUGUGUGUGUGUGUGUGCCAUUGCCUCCUACGAACCGUGUUGUCUUCUGAUCUAUCUGGCCUAAUAUAUAGCUACAUUUCAGUGAGUAGUCAUCCCUAAGAAGCCUCAUAGGGGCUAUAUAUUCGUGGCGAGCCAGCCAGGAGGCAAAGGAAAACACACACACACUUACUAAUGAUCAUUUAAAGUUCCCAUUUUUUUAGUGAGGGAGUUAGCCAUUUUGGAAACAGCUGUAGAAGAAGUGAAAAAACAAAAACAAAUGGAGGUUGUAGAGAAAGAGGGCGUGAAAGUUCCAAAUGCUGUUUUAAUUAGCGGCAUAACUGAUACUGAAGUGGAUGAAGAAAUAUUAGACUUCCUGGCGCAGUAUGGGUCAAUUAUUAGAUCCAUCCCAGUGAUUGAUCCUAGCUUAGAGUCAAAGAAGUCUUUAAUAGUUGAAUUCAGCUCUGGACUAGCAGUUCAAAACCUCCAGGAAAUGCUUCCCUAUGUUCAGCAAGCAGAAGAUAAUCCUGACAUCUCUUUUCAUGUAACAGCUCUAUCAGACACUUAUAUUCAGAAGCUGGGAAAAACCACAACCCAAAGUUAUCUCAAUGAUCUGAAAGAAUUAGCGAGUCGUAGUGGGGAAAGCUUUGAGGAUGUUCUGAAGGGCAUUCUAGAUCAUAUUCAGGAGACAAUUAUCCAAAAACCAUGUCUUGAACCUACCCUUGUAGGACCUGACGAGUCAUUACCUGUUCAUUCAGCAGAUCCGCCCCAAACUGAGUUCACCUUUAAGCAGUCUCAAGUGCCAAUAAAUGCUGCACAACAUCAUACUGUUCCACCAGCAUCUGCGUACUUACAACGACUGCAUGUGGCAUUGCAGACUACCAUGCGACGUGGUGGAGUACUUAGUUCAGAGGUCGACAAACAUCUGCUUAAACAGUUUUGCAGGGGAUGUUGGGAAAGCCCCUUGCUUCUAGAGUUGCAAUUAGAGCAGAAAAAGAACUCACCUCCGUCCUUUGCUGAACUAAUGACAAUGUUACGUACUGAGGAGAGCAAACAAGCUUCAAAAAAUGUACGGAUGAAACAACACUUAGGUAAUCCUAAGUGGACAGUAUUGGAACCCGAAGGAUUCUUUCAGCAGUAG